UGGGAACGUUCACGUAGUGUGUGUACAUCGUUACCUGGCUCUCGUCGUCUCGCGCAUCGGCCAUCGGACUCGCAUGCUCGCACAUCCCGCGUCUCGCAAUUCAUUUCCACGAAGAGAUGGCUGGUGUUGGCAAACGAACACUCUUACGUGAGGUCAACCCUCAUCUGAUCUGUCCGCUGUGCCGGGGCUACCUUAUAGAUGCCACAACCGUGGUGGAGUGCUUACACUCCUUUUGCAGAAGCUGCAUCUUGAAACAUCUCAGCAAAGCGGCGCACUGUCCAUCGUGCAAACAUGCGCUCCACAAGGCCAAACCAAAUAUCAAAGCCGACAAGGCUUUACAAGAAAUCGUGUACAAAAUGGUGCCCGGGUUGUAUCACAAGGAGAUGCGGAAAAGAAGGGAGUUUUACAAGAAGCAUCCCGAGCAAGUAGACUCUGCCACAUUGGAGCAACGCGGAGAAGACGUGAGUGGCAGACUGAUCUUUGCCCCGGAGGACGCGGUGAGUUUAAGCCUGGAGUAUAUCUCGGCGAAAACGGAUCCGUUGGAGAUCUUGAAUCUCUCCACGGACAUGGACGCGAGCCACUCGAAUAGCACUAAUGCCGGGAACGGCAGUAAUAAUGAUAGCGGUAAUGCCGAGAGCAACGGUACCGACAACAAUAAUUACAACAACGGCAACAACAGAAGGUAUCUGCAGUGUCCCGCUCUGGUGACUAUCGCGCACCUGAAGAAGUUCCUGGCGCUCAAGUACAGCGUCGACAUGACGAGAUACACCAUCGAUAUCUGCCAUCGGCGUGCGGCGCUCCCAGAGAAUUGGACCCUCAUGGACGUCGCUUACAUUUACGCAUGGAAAAGGAUCGCACCGAUGAGAUUCUUCUACCGGGUGCUGGAGGAGCAGAGGCUCGAGGCUCCAUUGCAUCAAAGACCGUCGACUCCGGGGCUCGGAGCGUGUCUACCGCCGAACGAUGCUGUCUCUGUCAACGCGAAAGACGACGAUAACUCGAAUGCUUCCGUUGACCGGCCGGCGACCCCAGGAUCGGAUGCGAAAUCGGCAAACGACGAGGCGUCUAUGGCGGACGACGAAGCGUCUAUGGCGAAUGACGAGGCGUCUAUGGCGAAUGGCGAAGCGUCCACGGCGAACGGUGAAGCGUCCACGGUGAAAGAUAAAGCGUUCACGGCGAAAGAUAAAGCGUUCACGGCGAAGGAUAAAGCGUUCACGGCGAAAGAUGAAGCGUCCACGGUGAAAGAUGAAACGUUCACGGCGAAAGAUCAAGCGUUCACGGCGAAAGAUAAAGCGUUCACGGCGAAAGAUAAAGCAUUCGCGGUGAAAGAUGAAGCGUUCACGGCGAAAGAUGAAGCGUUCACGGCGAAUGAUAAAGCGUUCACAGUGAAAGAUGAAGCGUUCACGGCGAAAGAUGAAGCGUUCACGGCGAAAGAUGAAGCGUUCCCUGUGAAAGAUGAAGCGUUCACGGCGAAAGGUGAAGCGUUCACGGCGAAAGAUGAAGCGUUCACGGCGAAAGAUAAAGCGUCUACGACGAAAGGUGAAGCGUUCACGGCGAAAGAUGAAGCGUUCACGGCGAAAGAUAAAGCGUCUACGACGAAAGAGUCGAGCAAAAUCACGAACGACAAAGCGAGCUUGCGUGUGGAUAACAAACAGACGACGGAUAGUGAAGCAAUAGCUAAAGACGGACCGAGCAAGAGCAAGACUAAGACUACCACAAAUGCGACUACAAGCAUGACGACGUUGACGACGACAACGAUGUCGUCAACGUCAGCCACGGGAGGCAAAGCAACGAAAACAUCAUCGACAACUGUGUCAUCGUCAGGGUCAACGGUGACGAGUGCGAUGUCGGCCACAAUGGCAUCGACAGUGACGACGACGGCGACGAUGACGACGCCAGCGACGACGACUACGACAACGUCCAACGAUACGAACAACAAGCAGAUAAAGAGCCCGAUUAAAAUAAUGAAGAAUUCAGAUGGGAGGUACGAGGUGCUGAGGAGUUCGUCGAGCAACUGGAACGGGAAAGAGCAGGCUAACGUCGCCACCGCUCCUGCGCCGGAUGUUAAGCCCGAAUUCAGUGUCGUAAGUAUAGGGAACGGCCAGAAUUCGAACGGCGUGAAAAUCACGCUGAAACAGUGUUCGCCGACGAGCGGCGCGAACGUGAAAAAACCGAAGGUCGUAAGUAACAUUCUGUUACGUUGCGGUCAACCGUUAGAAAAAGAUGCGUCUGACGCUUUACUGGUCCAACAGCUGCAGAAGGAGAAGGAGAAAGAGCUGUCGGGGCAGGACAAGCAGCAGGAGAAGCAGCGACGUAAGGUAACAUUCAUGGACCAGCCGAUGAAGGAGAGGACGUCUCCCAGCGGUGGUGGCGUCGCGAGCGUGCCGAAAACCGCGCUGAAGAAACCGGCUGAGCAGCAGGACAAGAAGCAGUUCCUGCAGGGUUUCCAGUUGACCGCCCGGGAAUCGGUACCGGCGGAGGACAGCGCGCUGAAGUCUCCCGUUCGGGGCAUCGGCGCGUCUGGCGAGAUCAACCACUCGCAGAAGAAAGAGAAGGCGCAUCCUCCUAAGAAGGACCCGACGACGCACAGUGUGACGGACGAGGUCAAGGUUCUCCUCGAGAAGUGCAGCGGGACGGUGAACACCGGCUCGAGCAACGGCGACGCCGUGGCGAGCACGUUCGCGAAGCGUCUCGGCGGUGCGCUGGCUGGUAAAAACACGCGCGUCGUUGCGACCAGAGUCUCGGACGAUGCCGACGCAUCGUCGCGCGCGUCGUUCAGCUCCAGCGGCUCGGCGAACGGUGGUCAUUCAGCUUCUAAGAUGGACGUGUACGUCUUUCACUCGAGCGACCCGCCGGCCCCCCCGGCCGGAGCGGUCAAGAGGAAGUGUCCGCCGGGUGUUCCCAUCAACGAUAUGAAGCGCAGACGGCAACACGUUCCUGCGCAGAACCAAAGCCCGAGGAAGCCGGCCGAGCCCCCGGCGAGUGCCUCGCUGACGAAGCUACCGCACAUCCCCUCGUCGGAGCACUUGGUCCCUGCGAGCAGCGGCCCGUCCGACUACCACAGCAGCUCUCCGAGUCGUCCGGUGUCCAACGCGAAACCGCCCGCCGGUCAGAUGCUUUCGAACGACACUAGGAACCUCUUGGACGGCUGUGGCCUCAACAUCCCGUCGAGUCUGAGUAUAACGCUGACCUCGCCCAAGUCGCCCGGAGCUUCGGGACAGUUCGAGGCCGUCGAUGUCAACGACAGGAAGGCCGCGGGCAAGAUGAACCCCACCAUCACGUUGAACGACUGCUCGGUCGAUCCGCGCGUGUUGAAGGCGCUGAAGACGGGGCAGAUCAAGAUGCCGAAGUUGACGAAACUGUCGGUUGUCAAGCCGGGCGAGCAGAGCGAGACCACGCAGCAGCAACAACAGCAUCAACAACAACGGACUCCACCACCAGCGAAACGCAGCAGAAGAGACCAAGAGUCCAUAUUGGACCUCAGCGGCGGCAAGAAACUGGACAUACACCCUCUGAGGAUCCCGCAGCCCGUGGCGAAGCUGAAAGCCAACAACAAAGCGAGCGACAGCUCGUCGGACGGUAUCUGCGAUCAAGGUCAAAUGGUGACGGUCGUAGGCGGUCACAGGUAUUACCGAGCUCCGCCGGGCUCUCUCACGCCCGCCGCUCAUCGCGUCAACGACUGUCCGCCGCUUGCGUCGCUGUCGCGUACUCCUGUCUACGCACCGAGCCUCGGCGACAUCGGUCGCCCCGGCUCGAACCUCUCGUCCGUCUUUCCGAGCCUGCAGAGCCUCUACGUGCUGAGCCAGACGCAGCAGUAUCAGCUGAAAAUGCCGCCGUUGGUGUCGCGCGCUGCCGAGAGCCUGGGGUGCGACGCCGGCCGCAUGAACCCCGGCGGGUUAAGCGGCAUCCAGGGUAAGACGAGCCACUUGGCCGCGCAAUGCGCGCCCGUCAAGCCCGCCAGGUCGUCCGUGGCACCCCUCGCGGUCCCCAUCAACAAGCACUCGGUCGACAAGCCCGCGGGCAUCAGCAUCAGGCCCGUGUCGAGCGACACGGUCAAGCCGUCGUUGUUCCAGCGCAAGAACGAUGCCGGGGAUGAAAGCUGCGUAUCCCCGCGCUCGGCUAUGCAAACGCGAUACUCCUCGGGCGUCGAGAGCGCGAACAGCAGGCUGUCCUCGCGCGGUAACGCCGACGCCAAGAGCGGCAACGAUCAGACGAGCGCGAUGGAGACGACCUCCAAGGAUUCGACCGAGGCCAGGAGCGAUUCGCUGAUGACGGACAGCAGCUCGAAGCAGCAGCACGACACCGCGAGCCCGAGCGUGUCGUCGACCGCUUCCCCGUCGCCACCUCUUGGUAGUAGUAACAACUCGCGGAGCGAAGACGCCGCCGUUGGCCACUGUGAUGGCAACGGUGGUAAGAGCGACUCCGAGGGGGGUGGAGCGGCGACCAGUACCGCUGCGAACGUCGCGACGUCCAGCAGUCCGCCGAAGGUCGACACGAGCAGCUGCAAGCCUCCGGCGAGCCCGGACUCCAGUUCGGUCACGGUGGAGAGCAGCAAGGGUCGCGCGACGGACCGGGCGUCGAGCGACGGCCACCAACCCCCCGACCCGCUCGCCCAGCCCGACGGCACGAGCGGCGCGCCCGGCGACGACAAGCUCUCGGCCAAUCAGCUGGCCGACGCCAAGCAGCAGCUGACCACCGAGGUCCAGAAGAGACUGCUCGCGGUCUUCCCGUCGAACGAGUGGGCGAACAAUCCCGAGGCCGCCGAGCAUCUAGGCAACUUCCUCAAGAGUCUGAACGCGACGAGGAAGAGCGACGGGCACGCCGAGGAGCCCAAGGCGGACAAGAUCGAGCGGAAGAGCCCGGUGGCGAACGACGCCGGCGAGCUCGCCGCGAAGCCCAAGAAGGACGUCGUCGAGCGCUCGUAAUGCUUCCUCCUCGAGGCGGGACCUUCUCCGCGGCAGCUGCUUCCUCCGUGGUGACAUCGCGCCGGAGAUCUCUCGCCGGUGUCGCGCGCGCGGUUAUCACGCGGGAAAUCUAUAUUUUUACUCGGCAACCGAAUCCCCAGGGAGACACCCCGCGGUGAUGACGCGAAGAGGGGCGGAGAAGAAGAGGAGGAGGAGGAAGAAGCACACAUGGUGUAGUUCAAAGGGACGCGACAGGCGAAACACUGCCAUAACGAAUCAAAGGGUGCGUGCGUUCGUCGUUCUCGAGAUACUAAGGACGCGUACACGGUACACUAUUUAUCAUGCGAAGCGGGAGGAAGCCGAGAGGAACCCCCUCGCGCGAGAGAGGGGACGAGCGCGUAUAUCAUAAGGUUUACACGACGGUACGUAGCGUAAAAGAGACCGAGAGUUUUAUUUUUUCAAAUUUCUCGCAGAGGCUCGCAUCUUUCACAUACACACACACACACGCACACACGUUUACACACUCGGAGUACGUAGUAGAACCGUGUUAUCGAUUUGAAGCUAUAUUGCCUCGUAACAUUCCGGAAGUGAGAAUUUGUGGAUCCACUUGUGUAACGUCGGGAACGUGGUGGUUUUUCUCGAGUCUUUCGCAGCUUCCGAGCCACCUGAUGAGAGCGAAGAACCCUCAGCAAACCCUCAUCAACUACCCGGUGAGCAGAAUGUCCAAAAUCGACGGCAUGUUUCUUAAAGAGCUCUUCGAGAUGUCUUCAAGUUGUCUUGUGCGUCGAUUUUGGAUAUUCCACUCAUUGGGUAAUGAUAACAUAACAUCAGUCUUAUCAUUUCCCGAUUGGUCCGUUCCUUUUAGUCGAGCCGGUUGCACUAGUUGAAGAAUUUAUACACACAUGAAAUGUGCAUACCGGGAUACUCGCGUACCAGUGUGCGUAUAUUUCUUAAACUAGUACAGCCGGUUCAGCUGAAAAGAACGGACCAAGUGUAACUGUUACAUCGCAUUUACAUUGUGCAGCGGGAAAUUGUAACAUUGAUGUUACGUUACUGUUGGCUUGCUGGGAAAUGUGGUCCGCCGUGUGCUGGCAGAUAGGCGACGGGUUCUGUGUCCGCGUCGAGCUCACGUUCCGUCGACAGAGAGAACUUGAUGACAUGCAGCUCAACAGGGUCUCCGGCGUGUUCCGCUUAAACGUAUCGAAAAUACUUCUAAAUGAGUCAAGAUAAAUUCCCAGCAAGCGCAAUGUAACAUCCCAGCGAACACGAAGCAACAGUUAUAGAAAUGUUAGUUGUAAUUUCCUACUCAACAAUCUGUUGUAUAACACACGCGUUAAAUAACAGUUACAUUGUUGAAUGGGAAAUUACAAGUGACAGAUAUGUUACAUGUUGCAUUAUGUUUGCCGGGUUAAAAUGAUCCGCAGGUAUAUUCCAUUGAAAUGAUUGCGAAAGCACGGAACCCGCCCGAUUUCUACGGUUGAUCCGUUAGCGGCUCCUAUUGUACUUCCUGCUGGCAAGCGAGCGAAAGACUUACAGAUCCUGCGCAAAGUCUGCUUCCGCGGGUUUGGCAUCUGCCUCAGACAGAGGCUGAUUCCUCGAGAUAGAAUGCACACAUCCACGAAGGAUCAAUGCUCCGCUUAAAGAAAGUGUCUUGGUCGUUUGAUAUUGCUAGUAAUUCGGUGUUGUUAAUAUCAAGGAAUACGAUGCGAAUACAGUUCGGUGUGUACAAAACGGAUUUUUGUUAGCUGGGAAUUGAAAGCGCGCGAGACGCACCGUAUUCUUGGAGAACGAGCUGGACUUUCCCCAGUGAAUGCUGAUUCCGUACGGCAUUGUUAGUGUCCUAUUUUAUGUUAUGUUUUUACUUAUCAGUUAUAUGUGUUAAACUAUGUAUACAUACAUAUAUAUAUAUAUAUAAUUGUAUAAUUGUUACGUUAUAUAUAUAUACGCAGUUUCUCGGUAUGCCGCUCGUAUUAAUUGUAUCAUAUUGAUUGUAUUAUUUUGCGAUGUACAUAUUUAUAAUUAUUAUAUUACGAUAAACACAAAAACACGCGCAUGGGAGCGUCUGUUACUUUGUAACACGAGAAUCGAAUUGAUGAAGAAUGCAAUACAUUUCUUGUGUUUUAUAUAUUGACCGGUGAGAGAAAGAACCAAGAUAUGUCGAUAAAUACGAGAAAUACAUUAUUAUACUCUUGAACAUUCAUUAAAUUCGUACAA